AGCUGAUUCUGAAUAUUGCAGAAAUCACGCUAACUUGAAGAUCAUAGAUUCUUGCAGUUAAUGCUGAUAAUGCGACCGCAAAUGAUUCUCAAACAACAAAGCUCGCGAGCCUCGAUAACUCAUUUGAGUCUGUCAACCGUGUUCGAUGUUUUAACCAUACUCUCCAGCUUGCUGCAAAAGCUUUGCUGAAGCCAUUCAACUCCGAGUCAUUGUCAGCAUCUGAAGCCGAUGAUGAUGUGGAUGGCAUUAGACUAUCUCUCCGUCCCAGGUAUGCCACCCUCAAAUCCUUUUUCAAUCAAUCAGUGCUUAUUAUCUCGUUCAGCAACAUCAACUGCGGUUGAACGUAUCUUCUCGCAGGGCCGGCAGCUCCUUCAUUUUACUCGCAACCGACUCGCACCAUCAACAAUUCGUGCUUUUCUCUGCCUCGGAGCCUGGGGCAGAAGUGAUCUUCUGGCGAUGGAGGACCUUCUAGCCUCUGUAAAGAGUCAAAAACGGAAGCGAAAUGAAGUCGAAGCUGAGGAGGACGACGAGGAAAAGUAGUAAUAUCUAUUCAGUUGUUGUUAAUACACUCUUCUUGGUAAUGUACCCGCGGUGUUGACGGGUCGGUGUGUACCCGUACCCGUGACAGGUACGGUGUUGGCGGGUACGGGUACGGUGUCAGCUUUCCGACCCGCGGUGUUACCCGUGCGGAACCCUACUUACUACUAUCUCUGACCCGGUGUUGCAAAAUGGC